AUGACGCAGCAGGGCAAAAACACAGCUGGCCUGUUGCCAAUUCCAGCAGCAGCCACUCAGAAGUCAGGCUCUGGCGCACCCAAGAAAGCGCCCAAGCCCCCGGCGCCCCGUCUCAAACUUCUCAUUCGACGCCUACCGCCAGGACUCACACAGGCAGAGCUGGAGAACGCCCUCGGGGAGCAAUGGAAGGUUGGAGCAGGGAAGGUUGACUGGCUUCAGUAUAAGCCUGGCAAGGUCUCCAAAGAUCCGGCCAAACCUUCUCGUCCAUCUAGAGCCUAUAUCCAUGUUGUUUCCUCUGAAUGUGUUAUCGCCCUCUCCGAUACCUUGCGACAAGCCUCAAUCCAAGAUGCCCGCAACACCCUCCAUGACCCUAUUUUGCUCGGGCCUCCUUCCUUAGAAUUCGCACCCUAUGCCAAAACUCCCGGCAGUCGCUCUCGCAAGGAUGCUCGUCAGGGUAUGAUUGAUCAAGAUGCCGACUUUGUUGCCUUCCUGGAAAGCUUGACCCAGCCAAUCACCAGACCAGCGGGCGUGGACGCCCCAGCAGAGGGCGAGGAGAAGAAGAAGGAUGUUGUGAUGACCACUCCCCUUGUUCAGUAUAUCAAGGACAAGAAAGCUAGCAAGUCGAAGGAUGGCUCGGGUUCGAAAUCCAAGCACAGCCGGGCAGAGAAAGAAUCCAAGCAGGAGAAAGUGCAGGCUAAGAAACUCCUUCAACGAGGCGACAAAGAGAACACGGCGACCUCUGACAAAAAGUCUAAGGGCGAAAAGGCCAAUGGCAAGGAGUCUGCAAAGGCCGCAAAGGGAAACGCUGCCAACGCGAAGGCAAGCAAGUCCAGUGCCGCAUCUAACUCCACGAAAGAACCCACUGCAGCACCCGAACGAAAGCGAGAGCGUGGAAAUCCCGCCGUGGCUACCAAAAUCUUACAGCGCGACCUUGGGCUAUCGACUUCCGGUGGACGACGACGUGGCAAAGGUGCUGCGGCUGAAGCUGCUGCUUCCAAGAACGAUUCUCCUCGAGAACCGACCGCUCCUGCUGCCGACGCGCCCAAGAAAGACCCCAAACCAGCGAAAAACACACCGGCUACGUCAAACGCGACAAAAAGAAAGGACGGAGAGUCAUCUGCGAAGGCCGAUACAACCGCUACGCCAGCAAACCCACCCGCGAAAACACCCAAGGGCGGUAGAUCCAAGGCCCCAUCCAACGCUAAACAGGCAUUCCUUAAGCACGCCAACCCAUCGCAAGGAGUGACCGAAGCGCUUCUCGAAUCCGCAUUUGGCUCAUUCGGAGCGGUCACAAAGGUUGAGAUCGACAAGAAGAAAGGAUUCGGUUACGUGGACUUCGCCGAGCCAGACAGCCUUCGAAAGGCCAUCGCAGCCAGUCCUGUGUCUGUGGCGCAGAGUCAGGUCGUGGUGUUGGAGCGCAAGGAAAAUCCUGGCAGUGAGAAACCUCGCAAAGGUCGCGAGGCCAACAACGCGAACAAGGCCAAGGCGGCGGCUGAAGUAUCAGCUCCUACUAAUGCUGGAGCCGGAAAUGCAGCGGCAGGAACCACCGGGGCCAACACUGGAUCCUCGCGUGGAUCUCGUGGUGGACGUGGCUCACGAAACAAGGGACCUAAAGGGAGCUGCAGCUUCGGAAAAGGCUGCAGCUGA